CCGCCAUUUAUAAUUAUUAGAUAUUACAAUAAAUAAUAUGAUUUUGUUCAUUAUAUAUUUAAUGGUACUAUUUAAAAGGUAUGUGUUGACUAAUUACGGAAAUAUACGUUUGAAUAUAGGAAACAGCAAUGUGGUUGGCUGAUAUAUUAAUUUUGAAGAUCGUUAUAGCUACGUAACUAUGUACAAAUUUAUUGUUUAAAACAUUUGAAAUUCUAUUCAUCAAACAUCAAAGCCAGAAUGGCUGCAAGAUCCGACAAAAUUUUCCGUGAAAUUCUAUUCAAACAUUACAGAUACAAUUCAAAAAUAGUAUCACCCAUUUUCUCCAAUGUAACUAGAACAUUUACACAAAAUGUAACUAAGAAAAAAGUAACUUUAUUGAAAUUAACUAAAAAUCUGUUAGAAAAAGAAUUUGUCAACAGUAAUUUGCAGCCUGCACUGUUGCCGGCGUUCUCUACAUAUCAAAAGAUAAUUGAAAUUAAAAAACCGUCAUUUCAACAAACUAAUACCAACGAUGUAUUUCCAAGAAAAAAGUUCUCAGAUUACCUCUUCAGCAAUUUAGUUCAAACAGACGGGCUAACGGCACAAGCUCGACAUUUCUCCACGUUGCAGUCUUCCACUAGACAUUAUUCCAAUAAAAAAUGGGGAAAUCAGAUGGAUGCAGAAAAUUGUCCUCCUGCCAAAAAAAGUUGCAAAGCUUGUCCCAAAUGGCAACUACAUAAUUGUCCCCCUCAAGCUGAUAAUUUGGAUUGUGCAAAACCGUAUACUGAUCCAUGUUGUAAAAAGAAGUUGGCGCCGUAUCCAAGUUACAGCGAAUUAUGCGCAGAGAGGUUAGAGGACGAUCCAUCGGAAUGUAUGCAAUGUCCUUGGAGCAAGUGCGGUGGAGUCGACAAUUUGAAAUAUCCCAAGAGAAGAUACCACACCGGUACCCGCGCAGCUUUCUAUCGUUUCCCAACCACCGUCGACGUACCUUUAUUGAAUAUCACACAGAAUUUGGUACCUAUUAAUUGUGACGCCAAAAAGCCACCUUGUAAACGUCCUCCGGGUAAAUGUGACAGAAUCCAAAAGACGGAACCGUGCCCGGAACCGCAAAAAGGACCGUGUCCACCUCCGUUUGAAAGGAAAAAGUGCGACAAAGAAAAAAAGGCGAAAGAUCGAUGGGUGGACGUUUACCGCAUGUGGGCCGACAAGAACAACGUCGUACCCGAAGAUUGGAGCGUAAUUAUCCCAGUGGAAGAACAAACUCCCGCCGCAGCAAUCCAGACGAAGAAAGAAGACAUUUGCAAUGAAGACAGGAUAACGCCAGAUAACAGCUGCUGUCUCAAAUUGCCAUUCGACAAAAAACAGAUGGACUACGAAAGCAUUAGGCACAAACAGUGCCACAAACCCAACUGUAGGAGGAAGAAACGUAAAAUGGUACCGGACGGUUGCGACGGCUCGUGUAACAAGAAAUGCGCAAGUCCGAUUAAUGCGACUCUGUCUAACGUGAGUUACGAAUGUAGUAAAAAAAAGGAUAGGUGUACAAGAGGCGAUUGCUAUCGACCGAAAUGUCCCGAUACCGAUUUGAAGAUCGAUAACGGAAUGGAAUUGGCUAAAGAACAUGACAAAGGCCAUCCACCUCCGUGUCCUAAUUGGAGAAAACCUAGUAAACAAUGUCCCAAACCUGAAAAAUGUAAAAGGCCCUACAGACAAGAACACGAUUUACACGAACCCUUUUACAGGAGACAGAAAAGACCUUGGCCAGAAAUUGAUACAGGACAUGGGGAAAGAAAACCAGAUUUAUACUCGUAAUUUAAUGCCUCUUAUUACUUUCACAAAUUAAACGAAAAUAUUUAAUGUAAUCAUAUUAACAAAUUUGGUUUUCCCUGUAUACAAAAAUAAA